AUGGAUGUACCAAUGAUUCACUUGAACAUCAAUGGUGGAAAACUGACAGGAAAGGUGGGUGUCACGAAGGACGCACCAAUUCAUCAUCUGAAGGAGUUGAUUGAAGUGCGCAUGGGUGUCAAAGCUGCCAGACAGACUCUGCUGUUCAAUGACCAGGAGCUGGACAACUCUGAGACUGUUGAAUCCCACAAUUUGACUGGAGGUGACACACUGAGUCUUGUCAUGAAACCACUUGAUGGAAAUCCAAAAUUCAGUAUCCAGUUGAAGUCUGAAUCCAAGAAUGACACUGUGGAGGUGAGGGAGGCUGACUUGGUUGAUGAUUUGAGGGGCAAAAUUGGGAGGCGCUGGCUAUAUCCUUUUGUUGAAAUCAGUUUGGUGCACUGCGGCAAAGAAAUGGAAGAUGGGUUCCCUCUCUCUGCAUAUCUCGUCUGUGAGAACUCUGUUGUGGAAGUCAAUGUCAAAAUGGAACCUCGCUGA